GGACAGCUGAAUCGUGGGUAAAUACAAGAGUCUUGGUUGGGUGGCGGAGGGGUUCUGUGGGGCUGGAGCGGGGCUAUAAGAGACUCCAUUUUAAGACAAGUCGAAUGGCAGUAGUAUGAGCAGUGCCAACAUAGCGAGCUAGGAGGGACGUUCAAGGGUGAACUCAUCAGCAUUGUAGUAACAGGCGAGGUAGAAACGAAGUGGGGCAAAGCCUGUCCUGGUGCAGCAAGAAAGAGCAUUGAAUAGCAGGUUAUGUGUGUAUUAGCAGGAAGUGUGGAUACUAGCACCCAGUGAUCGCAAUAGCUAUACACUAUAAGUCCGGCCGAGGAGAAGAAGAAGGAGAAUUUGAAUUCAAACCAUGAUAGCAGCUGGGAGUGGCAAUGGCUUUGGCACCACAGCUUGGUGGGGCUUUUCACCAGCACUUGACCUUCAAGCUGCAUCAGGCCUGGAGACCUCAGUUGAACGUUUGCAGGCAUCCCAGGAAGGCAUUCCCAGCUUGAACAUCCUGCUUGUGGGAUCUAUAGAUGGCCGCCAUAUCCUCAAGACAAUGUGUCAAGCACACCGGUGGCCACGGAGAAAAAUCAAUUUCUAUGUGCUGGAGAAUAAUCUGGAAACAGUGGGUCGACAGCUGUUGUUCUUAAGUCUGGCUCUGGAGCCUUCAGAAAAGCGGGGGCUACAAGAGAAGAGUGAGAUGUUCUUGGAGCUGAUGGGGAACACUCUGCUCCGAAGCCAGACAGCUGCCUACUUGCAGGAGAAGGCGAACCUUUUCAUCCGUUAUGUCACAGACUCUGAUUUCCAACAGGCUCAUCUUCCCACUGUGGACAUGUCUGCUCUCAAGUUCAAGGAACGAGAUCACUUAGAGAGAAUCUUCCAGUUCUGGAGGAACCCUGACCCACAGGCUUUCCCGAUCAAGCACCUCUGGGACCUGCGUCUCCGGCAGUACCUGGGCACCCGCUAUGAUGCUCGUCGUGGGGUUUGCGACUGGGACCUCACAAUGAAGCUGCAGGAACGUGGGGCCAAAGCUAUCAACCUCCGUGAGUUUUUCCGUUGGCGGGACACAGGUGUGGCCUUUGACACACGGGAAGCCACCUAUGAGAUCCCCAACAAAACCUUGGCAUCUGGCCGGCUCCUUAGACAUAAAGGGGAGCCAAUGCCAGCUCGAGGAUACUGGGGAGAUAUAGCCACUGGUCCCUUCAUCACAUUUGGAAUUGAGACUGAGGAAUCCAGUCUUCUGAAAACUAUCAAUGGUGUUCCGAGUAAGAGUGCACAGGAAAUUGCCUUGUACAAUCUCACUGCCCUAUUAUAUGAGCUCCGUUAUAAUACACGAUAUGUCCCAUCAGAGUCCUCUGGAGAGGAAAGUCAUGGCAGUGACUUCCGAGAUGAUAGUACAGUUCAUAGCAGGUUGGAUGUUUCCAGUGGCCCUCCACCUACUGAAGAUGUCCGAGUCUACUUCCUGCCCCUCAACUGUCUCCCUGAGCUCCAUCACAAGGAGAAAUACCAGAAACUCUUCAAUAUCGUCUUCUUUUCUUGCAGCAUGGUGCAUUUCCUGAAACCAAAUCUGAACCUGAUGUCGGCCCCUAAAGCCACUCUCAUUGUUGAGCUAACAAACUUCCUGCCUGACCUCCGCAAUGAACAUGUGUCUGCGUUCUCCUCCCAAGUAACCAACCUGGCAAGGGAAGCAGGAUUUCUGACAGUGGAAGCAACAGAAAAAACAACAUUUUCCUUGUUCCAGCUUGGGGACCAGAAGGUUGGGGAGACCCACAAUGAGAUGCCUCCACCUGCUUCGACAGCACCUGGCCCCUGAAGUUGUCCCUUUACACUCCUUUCGGACCACUGUUGUAUAAUAAAAAGGUUCUUUCUCUAAAA